AUGGCUGAUGGUCAACGAACCGCCUUUGUGAUGGUCUGCAACAAGGAUGGCAGCCUGAUGAUGCUGAAGCAACGCAAGAACAAGGACAUGAAAUGCGAGUCUGUGGAGAUGGGCAUCAGCGAGCCUUGCCGUGAAAACGAAGACUACAAAGACGCAGCACUGCGAGGGCUGAAGUUGGCGCUGGGCGCAGAUGGCUCCAAGGUGGAGAAGAUGCAACAAAUGUUCGUCUUCCCCUACGAGGAGUCCUGCAGCAGCAGCAGCAGGGGUUGCCUCUUCACCGUGGAGGUGGACUGCCAGCUCCAACCGGCUGACAAGUACGAGGCGGUUGAGUUCUGGGCCUGCGAGAGAUCGCAGCAAGCGAUGGAAAACAACGAAUUCGCGCCGCUGUGGGCCACGAUUUGGAAGAUAUUCUACGGCGAGACGCUGUCGAGAUUGGCUGGUUCUGAGUUCGACAUCUUCUGA